GCCUGCACUUAUGGCGCCAUGCGCCAGCCUGCAGCUCCUGCAGCAGGUGAGCGUCGUGAGCGCUGCGUGCCGGGAGCCAUUUGGAGCACGCCUUCCUCAUUCAUUCAAUCGCUCAGCCUUGAUGCUCCUCGCUCUCUGAAAGUGGGAAGGUUUGAGGCGGCUCUAAAUGGCUGCCUCGGAGCCUGCUUUAACUGAGCUGUACCCAGAAGUUUUCGACAAGUGGGAUACAGAGUGGAGGGUGGAGGAUGGGAACAGAGCGAAGUUCAAGCUGUGUGAGUUGAGAAGGCCAUCAGACAGGCUGCACCGGUUGGUGAGAUUGGCAUACUGGUGGCUAAUCAAACGUGCUGCUAUGACAUUGGAGCACCCGAGACCUGUGACGGAGAGGAGCGAGGAGGCAAUAACCCGUGAUAUCAAGGAGCAUGUGGAAGACCUUGGACGUGGGUGUCUCAGCAGUCAGCUUUGCUCGGACGAGUGCAAUGUCUUGAGGAGCUACCUAAGAUGGCCCGAAGGGAUCCCCCUCAAUAAUCCUGAGACCUUCAAGAGUUUAGGCAACAAGGAGAAGGAACUGCGAGAGGGGUUUGUAAGGGCUGUAUACUGGCAAGAAAUGCAAGCAGAGGACGGCAAUCAUUCCUUGAUGACGAGCCCCCUUCCCAGCAUCUGGAGCCUGAAAAGGAUGGUAGGAUCUGGGCUGUCCUUGUCAGAAACAGGAAUGCUUUGUACUGCCACAUUUCCUCGGACAAGGAGCUGGCGGGUAUCACCGAUGGCAUCCUUUCAAUGUCUCUCUGAUUUUGGGUCUUCGAUGGACAUUUGUGAGGAGCUUGAAGGAGACGGGUCGCAGAAUGUACCAGCAGGAACCGCUGAGGAGGAUGCAGCUGGGUGGGACAAGAUCAACGAUGGUUUGAGGCUGCCUUCUAUGACAGAGGUUGAUACACAGGCGGGCAAGACCUACGGGAGGAGCGAGGGGGUACAGCUGGAGUGGAUGGAUCCAUUUGCUGAGGACAGCAGCUGGGGAGGCCCUUCAACCCCAGACUUUUGUAGGAAGUCUGGGGUUGAAGGCCGUCUUGCUGGGGGGGGACCUUUCACUGAGAGCGUGCGCCUUCAAGGUGGGCCGUGUGAGAAGGUGGGGUGUAAUGGCAGCUGCGAUCCCAACAAGAAGCCCAAGGCGCUGGUUCCACCCGGUGCGGAAGGCUUGUUUGACGAGGGAGAGACAGAACAGACGGGAUCACUUGUGUGGACUCGGGGGAAGGAAAUUCAUUUGGGCCCCUAUGGGAAGGUUUUUGCGGGCAAGAAUCAGGAGAAUGGGCAGCUGAUGAUUGUGAAGCAGCUAAUUAGUCUGGAGUUGCAGCUAGAGACAUUAAAGUGGAUGCACCAGCUCAUCGUCGGGUCUGGCGGCGAGUACCAGCGUCACGUGGAAGCCCUAGAGCACGAAUUGUCGUGUAAGAUGCACCACAGGCACAUUGUGAGCUUCAUCAACAUGGAGGAGGACGACGUCCCUGGAUCGCUGUACGUAUUCUUGGAGUGGGUGUGUCCCUGGUCGAUUCAACAAUUAUUGCCCUGCUCUGGCGGGUUCGACGAGUGGCGAGUGCGCGUGUACACGUGCCAACUGCUGCAGGGGCUAGAGUACCUGCACGAUUGCAACAUCAUUCACGGGGACAUCAGAUGCGGCAACAUUAUAAUGGAUGGGGACGGCGUGAUCAAGCUUGCUGGUUUUGGCGCUCUGAAAGCGUUCCGCAAUGACACGGGGAUCCUGCCCUCCUGGAGGGUCCGGGAGCUCGAGGGACGCUGGCCGGCCCCGGACGUCAGCGGGGGCGCUAAAGAUGGUCGGAAAGCAGACAUCUGGAGCGUAGGCUGUACCGUCAUUCAAAUGCUGACCGGACGUUACCCUUCGCGCAGCUUCUUGUACACACCCGAAGGAACGUCCAACGGCCACACAGUUACUACAGCAUCCGUUUGUGUGCCAAGCCGACGAAGCCGCUCAGCCUCUUCUGUUAUGAGGUGUCAUCUUCGCGGCGAGGUGCCAGAAAAAGCAGAAAUUCGAAACACCGUUGUCAACCAAAACUGA